AUGGGUAGAGGGAUAAUAGGCUUAAUCAGGUUCUGGGGCUUGAUGUACUUCACUCUUGUGUAUGUGACAUCGCAAACAACGAGUUUUAAAGAUGAGAGCAAAACCUGUAAUCCGUCUCAUUGCGGCAUUAUCACAAACAUCUCAUAUCCAUUUCGUCUGCGAGACGACAACUGUGGCGAUCCGGCAUACGAGUUAGCCUGUGAAAACAACAUCACACUGCUUGAUUUGCAUUCAGGAACAUACCAGGUUCUGGGAAUCAACUACAAAAAUUACACAAUCCGAGUUAAAGAUCCUGGCAUUCGGGAGGGUGAUUGCUCCUCCCUCCCUCGCUAUUUCUUAUCCCGAUCUAAUUUCAGCGACACUUAUAAUGGUUCCUUCGAAUAUGAUAGGAAUAAUCCCUAUGCUGUCUUUCUAGAAGCAUCCGCAGGUUCAGAAGCUACAAUCGACAACGUCAUUUACCUGGAUUGUAGUGAUCCGGUGAGGGACGAUGCGGACUACGUGGAUACGGCUCCCUGCGUGGAUUGGGGAUCCAAAGGAGAUGGAGGAGGCCAUGUUUAUGCUGUAGUUGGAGACUUAGAGGCUGGGAGGUUGAAACCUGAGUGUCGUGUGAAAUCAGUGGCCACCAUUGUUUCAGAUUGGAGUUCAUUCCUGGACUGGAGAAGCUACUCAUACGCUGAUAUUCACACAGUACUUUCCCAUGGUUUUGAGAUUUCAUCGUGGCCGCUAGCUUGUCUGGAUAUUCACUGCGGAACUUACGAGACUUGCGUCCUCGACGAUCGCACGCAAAAGGUCUCUACCUAUUGGUGGUGGGAUGCCACCUGGUUUGUUGGUAUAUUAUUUCUGUUCAUCUUGUUGAUUUACACAUGGCGGAGAAGACACUUAUCAGGCUAUGGAAGCAUUGAGGAUUUCAUACGACUUCAUAGCCUUCAUCCAUUAAGGUACUCCUACAAGGAUUUAAAGACUAUGACAAACGGUUUCAAGACUAAGUUAGGUGAAGGAGGCUUUGGGACUGUGUACAAAGGCAAGUUAAGAAGUGGACCUGAUGUCGCAAUUAAAAUGUUGGGUGAUAAAUCCAAAGCUACUUGCCAAGACUUUAUCAAUGAGGUGGCAACUUUAGGAAGGAUACACCGUUUCAAUGUGGUGCGUCUUGUUGGCUUUUGCGUGGAAGGAACUAAACAUGCUCUUAUUUAUGAAUCCAUGUCCAAUGGAUCUUUGGAUAAACAUAUUUUUGUUAAAGAAGGACAAUCCUCCUUGAAUUAUCAUAAGAUAUAUGAGAUAUCUUUAGGAGUGGCCCGUGGCAUUGCUUAUCUUCAUCAUGGUAGUGACAUGCAAAUCUUGCAUUUUGAUAUCAAGCCUCAUAAUAUUCUUCUUGAUGACAACUUGACCCCCAAAAUUUCAGACUUUGGACUAGCAAAGCUAUAUUCUAGUGAUAAUAGCAUUGCCACUUUGACUGCAGCAAGAGGGACAAUAGGGUACCUAGCUCCUGAACUAUUCUAUAAGAAUAUUGGAAAAGUAUCCUAUAAAUCUGAUGUUUACAGUUUUGGAAUGCUUUUAAUGGAAAUGACGAGCCGAAGAAGAAACUUGAAUCCGCAUGCAGAGCAUUCAAGCCAAUUAUAUUUUCCCCUAUGGAUCUAUGACCAAUUUGAUGAAGAAAAAGAUAUAGAAAUGGAGGAUUUGAUAGAAGAGGACAAAGCUUUAGCAAAGAAAAUGUUCAUAGUGGCAUUAUGGUGCAUUCAGUUUAAUCCUGUUGAUCGUCCUUCAAUGAACAAAGUAAUAGAGAUGUUAGAAGUAGAUGAUGUUCAAAGUCUUGAGAUGCCUCCAAAACCUUCUAUAUAUCCUGAUGGUAAUGUUAGAGCCAACUGUGACCAAACAUCAUCUUUACCCACAAGUUCUGAUGGCAAUCUAGGAGAGGAUGCAAGUGACGAGACAUAA